AUGGGGACAUUGCAGAGUGGGAGUGGUAGUGGUAAUGAAAGUGGUAGUGGGAGUGAAAAUGGGAGUGGGGAACCUAUACCUAGGGGACCCAUGGAUAAAUUCACAAUUUCACAACCUAGACAAAUGAAUGAUCCUUAUUGGGUUCCUAUGGUUGAUGCAAUUGCAAAUUUUGGGCUCGGGUUUAAGCCUCCAUCUAUGCAUGAAUUGAGGACAUGGAUUUUGAAAGAAGAGAUGAAUGAUAUAAAUAUCAUAAUGGAAGAGCACAAAAAAGCUUGGAAGCAAUAUGGAUGCUCAAUUAUGUUAGAUAGUUGGACAGAUGGAAAGAGUAGAUGUCUUAUAAAUUUUUUGGUAAAUAGUCCUAUUGGCACAUGGUUUUUGAAAUCAAUUGAUGCAUCUGAUACGAUAAAAAAUGAAGAAUUGAUGUUCAAGCAUCUUGAUGAGGUGGUUGAAGAAAUUGGAGAGAAGAAUGUUGUGCAAGUUAUUAUUGAUAAUGCAUCUAAUUAUGUGAAUGUUGGAAUGAGGCUUAUGGAAAAGAGGAGAAGAUUGUGGUGGACUCCUUGUGCUGCUCAUUGCAUAGAUUUGAUGUUGGAGGAUGUUAGGAAGCGAAAUGUUCAUACUAAUACACUUUUGCGAGCUAGACAAGUGGUGAAGUUCAUAUAUGGGUAUACUUGGGUUCUUAGCUUGAUGACAACAUUUACAAAAAAUCAUGAACUCAUUCGUCCAGCAAUUACACGGUUUGCUACUACAUUUCUUACUCUCCAAAGUCUUUAUAAGCAAAAACAAGCUCUUAUAGCAAUGUUCUCAUCUGAAAAAUGGUGUUCUAGUACAUGGGCCAAAAAGGUAGAAGGUGUAAAAGCUCGAAGUGCAAUAUUGUUCGAUCCAAAUUUUUGGCCUCAUGUUGCUUUUUGUAUUAAGACCACUAUUCCAUUAGUAAGUGUCUUAAGAGAGGUUGAUUCAAAGGAAAGACCAACCAUGGGUUAUAUUUAUGAUUUGAUGGAUUUAGCCAAGGAGAAAAUUGCAUUUAAUUAUAAGUUCUCUGAUGUGGAUGAGGUGAGGAAGGGAUUAUUUGAAUGCAUGGAUAGGAUGUUGGAUUACCAAGAACGUUUAAAAGCUGACAUUCAGUUGGAUUCAUAUGACCAAGAAUGGAUUCAUACCAAAAAGAGAAAUAGACUCGAACAUAAGAGGUUAAAUGCUCUAGUGUAUGUGAGGUACAACACUAGAUUGAGAGAGCGAAGUCUACAAAGGAAACAAAAUGUUGAUCCAAUUUUGGUAGAUGAGAUUGAUUCAGAUGAUGAGUGGAUUGCGGAGAAAGAAGAUCCCCUCCUCCCGCUUGAUCUUUGUCCGCUUGAAGAUAAUGAACUAUUUAAUGUUGAUGCUAUUAGAAUUGUGUCAUCCCAAAACCAAGAGACUCAAGCGUCAUUAGACAACAUGGUUUCUUCACAUUCCAACAAAAGAAAACAUGAUGAAUUUGCAAGUGAAAGUGGAGGCAAAGGCAAAGGGAAGGAGUUGAAUUUGACACCAAUUCAUGAAGAUGAGGAGUUAGAUGAGUUGGGAGGGUUUGAUUGUGGGAACUUUCCAACUAUUGAUACAUUGGACGAGGAUGAUGAUGACAUUGGAGAGGAUGAUUUAAGUUGA